UCGCAAAAUUGUUUGAGUGAAAUUUCAAAAUAGUAAAAUGGUUACAAAUGACGAAACCAUUGAACGAGUGGAAGAAGUGUUGUCUCGUGUGGAUUCGGAUGAGGCAUCAAUUUCCGAUUCAGGCGACGACGAGUCGAAGGAAGACCAACUGUUUUGUAGACUGUGCUAUGGUACAAAGUACGAUGACAGUAGUUUGAUUCAGCCGUGCUCGUGCAAAGGAACGAUGGCCAAAGUGCAUCGACAAUGUCUCGAAAAGUGGUUGAAUCGUAUUGGAUCGAAACAAUGUGAACUAUGUCGGUUUGAAUUUGAAUGUGACGAAAAACUACGAUAUGGAUUAUUUCAGUCAAUUGGAAUCUGGAUGAGACACAAUGGCCGUCGUCGAUAUAUAUUGCAUGAUUUCUGUUUGUUUCUCACGAUGAACGUCAUCACAUUAUCAAUGAUUGUUCUACUGCUGCAGGCUAUUCAUCAUAUUUACAGUGACAAUUUCAUCAAAGACGCGCUUCCAUUGUGGUACUUGAUUGCUUUAUGCCUGGCCGCUGCUCUUUGGAUUUCCAUUUACUUUUUGACAUUUGCCGUUUUCUUCAAUACACAAAUCCGACCUUGGUAUAAGUGGUGGAGAUCGGUGAAAAAAAUCACCCUACUCUCUAAUUCACGUCGUGUGUUUCUAACCUAAUAAAAAUACAUUU